UCCACAUCCUGGCUCUAUUGUUCGUCAAACCACCCGACGAAUCUUUGUGAUCACUAAGCGGAGCUGCAAUCCCCACUUCACCACAGUGACACCACUUCAUAAUCAAGGCUAAGCAACAGCUGGCUCAGUCUCCGUAGCCCACCUCAGGAUCACCAUGUCGAACCCACCAAUCACCAAGAUUACCGACCGACUUUACCUCGGCGACAGCAAGAGUUCUCGUGAUCGCCAAAUACUCAACGAGCACAGCAUUACCGCCGUGGUCUCAAUCAGUGUGUGGAGAUGGGUUCAUUGGAAUCAGCCUUGGAUCUGCUGCCCGAGCUCGCAGAAAUUUGCGAAUUCAUCAAGCAACGUCUGGAAUCCGGAUCUGGUUCUGUCCUCGUCCACUGUGACCGAGGUGUAUCACGGUCUGCCACGGCUAUAAUCUCGUAUCUCAUGCAAACUUAUCAGUACGACCUCGCCACCGCCUUGGACUUUGUGGGCGGAAAGAGAAAGAUCAAGCCAAACGCGAACUUCAAAGAGCAAUUGGAGGUAUGGGGAGCGGUUGAAGGCAACAUUUGGGAGUCUACCGGAGUUCCCAAACCAGAAUAUGCGGCAUAUCUGGCGAAGAGAAGCGAGAGGCUGAAAGAGAGAGGGCUGACUGGAAACGAGCCACUUGGCCUCACGUCGUUGUAAUCAAGAACCUCUAAGAGUACAGGAAUAGGUCACUGGGCUAGCUGGG